AUGAGCCCAGCACCACCACGCUUUCUCGUCGAGCACGUCGGCAGCCUCACCCGCGCCUUCCCACGACCCCACAUCACAUUGACAUGGGCCCAGAGUCUGGACUCAAAAAUCGCCGGGCCAGGCGGCAAACGCGUAAUGCUCAGCGGACCAGAGAGCAUGCUCAUGACGCACUGGCUGCGCACGAUGCACGACGCGAUCCUCAUCGGUGUGCAGACCGUUAUUAUGGACGACCCGAGGUUGAAAAUCCAACUCGUCCCUCAAGGUGACCAGAGCCUUCACCCGCCCCAGCCCCUAAUCCUUGAUCCCAAGCUCCGCAUGCCACCAACUGCACGCAUCAUCUCCGAGUGGACAGCUCACGGUGCGAACUCCCAGCUCACCGGGCCGCGGCAGGUGCGCCAGCCGUGGAUCCUGUGUGGGACGAGCGCGGACGCGGGACGUGCAGCAGCACUCGAGGCUGCGGGCGCGCGGGUGGUGCGCGUCGAACUGGACAAGAAUGGCCACAUUCCUCCCGCAUCCCUCCCCGGCAUCAUCUCGUCCCUCGGUCUGGGCAGCGUCAUGAUCGAGGGCGGAUCCCGCGUCCUCAGCAGCUUCCUGCACGCUGGGCCCCGCGACGACGGCUCCGCACUGGUCGACAGCAUCGUCGUGACCGUGGCUCCCAUGUUCAUCGGAGAGGGCAUCAGCGUCGUGCCUCCAGGACACGACGUCGGCUUACCCGAGCUGACGUACGUCCACACCGAGACGAUGGGCAAGGACGCGGUGAUGGUUGCAACACUCGCACAAGUCGGGCAGGACGAGGAGGCGUAG